UUACAGUUUGACGGCCUCUUUAAAUGUUUUGAGAAAAUUUAUUAUACUUGCAGCAGAGAACAUGUAAAAUUGGGUACUUGGAAUCAAAACACGUAUUUGAGUAUUUAUGGAUUGCUUUAUUUUAUAUUAAUAUUAUAUUCAUACCAUUGAAGAUUAUCUACAAGAUAAUUGUAAGAAUUAUAAUAAGUACUAAACAUAUUGUUUAACAACAUUGAUCUGAUGUUAUCGAACAUAUGUUUCUUCUGCCGCUAAGUGCGAAUGACUUUCGAAAACAGAUUCGUAAAACUACAAAUCGGUAAACAGGAAAAAAUAAAAACUAGAAAACAAAUAAUAGUAGAAUAACUUUCUUUGUGAACGUUUAGCCAAUCAACGUAAAGCGAAAAGGUGCAUAAAAGAAAAACAACUAAAAAUAAAUAAUUGUAAUCAAUUUAAUUGUUUUUCGGAGCGAUAAGCUGAUGCGCACUUAAGCCCAUUGAACGGUGUUGCUGAAUCACAGCCGUUGCUCAUUCAUAUAGUCAGUUUGGGACACAAUUUCAACGCAAAUAGGGUAAAAAUUUAAGACUUUAGUGGAAAAUAUAUAUGUGCGCUAUUACACUUUUUGUAAAAACUUGAAUAGAGUGCUCAAUACAUGAACAUGGGUGAUAAUCGUGCAUCUAUUGCAUCAAGCAACGCUACAGCUGUUGUGGGUGCUGGCAGUUUCGGGAGUGACACACAAGAGCUGCUAGAUCCAGUAUUGACUUCAAAUGCAGAUGGAAGCUUUAAAUCUCUUAGAACAAUACCGGCUUUUAGCAUUCAUUUGCUGAUUUCAACUGUAAUCUCUUUCAUUGGCAUUGUGCUCGCUUUUGCAUGGCCAGAGGACAAACGCUGUGAAGCGUAUUUUAUUAUGCUAUACUUACGUGCAACUUUUUGGGUGAUAACCUUUCUGUUCGAUCACUUGAUUAAAAAACAUCAUGACGAUUUACGCAUGAAUGGCUAUCAUGAAUUUCACCGUGCUACGGCCAUGCAAAAGAGUAUACCACUGAAUGUGGUAUCGCUUUGGAACUCAAUGCUAUUGGCUGUACAAGCGGGUAUUCAUCACUAUUAUGGCGUAAAUUUCUGGCAACAUUGUGCGGAAGGUUUUCUCUCGCCGGUCUCUUAUAUUGCAGGUUUCAACACUUUAGAGACACUGGUACUGAGCGCAACUCAUGGUUGCUAUAUAUCAAAAGUGCGGAAAUUUAACAAAUCCGCACCACCACCCGAUGCGCUCCGAGGCGUUAACAGUGCAUCCGGUUCGUUGGGUCUAAUGCAACCUGGUGGUAAUACUACUGAGUUAUUAGAGAAACAGGCCGAUCUCAUUGCCUACUUAAAGGACCAUAAUCAGAAACUAAAUCAAAAGUUGCACCAAAUGCAGUUGAAUGCGCGCACCGUUAACCUAGCAGCUUGAAGUUGAAACAGGUCCGGAAUCACUAAAAUAGACUAAUCUAAACACGAAACGAAAGAGUAAAUUAAAUUAAGUAGUAUUUCUCUUUUUUAUUAAUAUUAGAAUUAUAAACCAGUUUAAUCUUGAAAUUAUUGCGAUCUGUAUUACUACAUGUUACUUACUACCUACUUACUAACUACUAUCCCCGUAUUAUCGGUUACUAGUUUUUAAUGUUUGAAUAUUUUCACAAAGAAGAAUUUAUCUCAAAUUUGAUAUUUUCUAAAUUUUGUUUGCAUUCAAAAUGAGUAUAUGCUAUUUGUUUUAAUUUCUAUUACUAAUGUAAUUUAGUAUACUGUAUAUGAAAUAUUCUAUAUAUUCGGCAAACUUGGACUGAAGUUUUAAACUGUUUAAAUAAAGCUAUAACAAAAAAGUUUUAUAUACGAAA